AUGCAAGUCUCGACCGUGAUCGGAAGCCUCGUGGCGCUCGCCUCUCUCGGCAGCUGCCAGUUCGCCAAGGUGAACGACUUCAAGGCCACCCCCACCAACCUUGGCAUGUGGGCCUACCUCCCCAAGACCUUGAAGACUCCCGCCCCCAUCGUCGUCGCCGUGCACCACUGCCAAGGAUCCGCGCAGGGAUACUCCGGCGAAACCAAGUACCAGCCCUUGGCCGAGCAGCACGGAUUCAUCGUCAUCUACCCCAACUCCAAGUCCGGCGGAGGCUGCUUCGAUGUUGCGUCCACAGCCAGUCUCACCCACAACGGUGGUGGCGACAGCCAGACCAUCGUCAACAUGGUCCAGCACGCCGUCGACAACUUUGGCGGAGACCCGGACCGCGUCUUCACCGUCGGCACCAGCUCCGGCGCCAUGAUGACCAACGUGCUCGUCGGCGCCUACCCCGACGUCUUCAAGGCCGGAUCCGUCUACUCGGGUGUUCCCGACGGAUGCUUCUUCCUUACCAAGACUGGCGAGGAGUGGGGCAACAUGGUCCGAUCGUACUACCCCGACUUCAACGGCACCCGCCCCAGGAUGCAGAUCUUCCACGGAACCGCCGAUAGCACUCUUGCCUAUCCCAACUCUGAAGCAGUGGUCCAACGUUUUCGGCCUUACCGAGAAGAAGGACACCCCCAACACCCCCAGCAGAGCUACACCCAGACCAUCUACGGAGAGGGAACCGCCGAGACGGCGCAGCUCGUAGGCUACAGCGCCCAGGGCGUCGGCCACAGCGUGCCUCAGCACGAGGCCAUGGACAUUGCCUUCUUCGGCAUCGGCGCGUAA